GCCGUCACAGAGCCUGCAGCCUGGUGGAGCUGGACGAGGUGAUGGCUGGCCGGAUGGUGGGCCCGGGAGGAAGGCAUCCCCGGGGCCGCCCAGGCCUGGCAGUGCUUCUGUGUGCACAGCUGUUCCCAGGCGUUCCUGCGACAAGCCUUUUGAAGGGACCCCCUUCACAGAAUGCGCUGCUAGCCGCCUGCCCCAGGGAGGGAGACCAGCAGGGCGACCCCCCCAACGCAACCUGUGUCAACCCCGCAGGGGGCUCAGCCCACUCCGCGGGUUCGGCCUUCCCUGGCUGCGCACGCACGUCACCCUCGCCCCGCCCUUUCCUCCUCGGCCGCGGAUUGGCUGGUCUGGGUCACGUGGGCGUGCCUCGCUUUUCCUGGCGACGAGUGGCCGGCCGCUGGCUGGUUUCCGGUGCGGUGGGUCGGAGAUGACGGAACCCGGCGCUUCUCUGGAGGACCCCUGGGUCAAGGUGGAGUAUGCCUACAGCGACAACAGCCUGGACCCCGGGCUUUUUGUAGAAAGCUCCCGCAAGGGGAGUGUAGUGUCCAGAGCUAAUAGCAUCGGUUCCACCAGUGCCUCUUCCGUCCCUAACACAGAUGACGAGGACAGUGAUUACCACCAGGAGUCCUACAAGGAGUCCUACAAGGACCGGCGCCGGCGAGCACACACACAGGCUGAACAGAAGAGGAGGGAUGCUAUCAAGAGAGGCUAUGACGACCUUCAGACCAUCGUCCCCACCUGCCAGCAGCAGGACUUCUCCAUUGGCUCCCAAAAGCUCAGCAAAGCCAUCGUUCUGCAGAAGACUAUUGACUACAUCCAGUUUUUGCACAAGGAGAAGAAAAAGCAGGAGGAGGAGGUGUCCACCCUACGCAAGGACGUCAUGGCCCUAAAGAUCAUGAAAGUGAACUACGAGCAGAUUGUGAAGGCACACCAGGACAACCCCCACGAGGGGGAGGAUCAGGUUUCCGACCAGGUCAAGUUCAAUGUGUUUCAAGGCAUCAUGGACGCCCUGUUCCAGUCCUUCAAUGCUUCCAUCUCCAUGGCCAGCUUUCAGGAGCUGUCGGCUUGUGUCUUCAGCUGGAUUGAGGAGCACUGUAAGCCUCAGACCCUACGGGAGAUCGUGAUCGGUGUCCUGCACCAACUGAAGAACCAGCUUUACUGACCUGCAGGACAGCCAACAAGAGGCCUCAAGUCUCCUAUUUGGUCACAACCACUGGGCUUGCGAGAUUGGACUUCGACACCGCACACCAGUCAGCUGGUUUCUCUUUCAUGUUUCCUCCCCUAGCCCCCCUCAUCCUCAGUGGGGCUGGGUUGUGUUGUGAAAGCUUCUGAUUAAUUUAUUAUAUUGACUAUAGAGCUCGAACCUACCCAGUCUUCCCCCCCAUAGAAGUCCUCAGAAUGGGGGUCUGCUGGGGGUUGGGGGGGGCGUGCGCGCGCGCGCACACACACACGCACACCCCUUUCCUAAGCCUCAGAAUUUAGCACAUGAUCUACACAUAUUUAGAAACUGUUUGCCUGUUUCGGUAUCUUGGGUGACAGCUGGCCCAAGUUUGGCCAUUUUGGCAGUAGUCGCUCGAGAGGAAUGCAUUAAAAGAAAAGACUUCCACAGCUAUGAAGGCUGAAAGGCCGCUCAUGCCUAGGCUAGAGCUGCCUGGUCAGCCCGAAGUAGAGCCACGGCUUUCUGGCCAGCUCAGGCUCGGCUGCCAGGGUCCUGCUCCUGCUGUUGACUCCUCCACCUCUUCCCUGCUCUGGGCAGCAGACAGAAGCAACCUCCCACCUACUCCUGCCCUCUGUCCCCACAGGCACUGGCGCUGCACAGCAAAGUCAAAUGUGACAAAAGUUUUUAUUUUUCUAAAUACCAACAAAAGUUUUGCUGAAAUUACAAUUUUAAAAAAAUUAGCUGGGCCUUAAAACCACCCCCAGCUUUCUGUCAGAUGUAUCUGGAUCUCUACCAUCUUUCAUGUGCUGCUUACAUUUCUGCCAGGACUUGGGGGUGGGUGAAGGCCUGAGGUAUAUGGAACCCAAGAGAGUCUAGGGUGCAGCCCUGGACUCCUUGAAUGCUGUGUAUAAUAGCCUCUCUCUACCUUUGUCCCCCAACCUCCCUUUUGCCUUCCUCAGAUUUGUUAUCUGGGAGGUUUGAUUAUCUAGAGGAAAUUAAAUAUUUUUAUAUCAAAUUAUAUUACAAUAAAUAUUGCCAAAUGCU